AUGUUUUGAGCGCGGGAGAAUGAGGUGCAGUGUAUGGAUAAGGGGAUGAUAAUGCAUGACAGCUGACACUGUAUCAACGUUUUGUAAUAGUGACACCGAAAUGUUUGAAAUUACGUGCAGUACUACUCUCUUUACUGUUGGGACCUUUCCCAUGGUUUUCGUCUUGGAGGAAAAUGAUGAAAACAAAAUUAUCGCCCAAAUGAUCCAGCAUGGUGGUGGCUGCGUAGCUUCUUUAAGAGGACCAUAUGGCAUUUGCCUAUCAUCUCCUGAAAAUUUGCUGUUGUUACAAAAUGAAGCAGUUUUCUCCACUGAAUUCAUCAAGGACUGCUGUAUAGCCAAUAGGAUUUUGGAUAUAAAUCAGUACAGGUUAGGUGGUCCUUCCAGUUAUCCUGAUAACUUCAAUGCUAUGAAGGUGCUCCUGAGGCAGUCUCACUGGCCAACACCUGCAGAAAGGGAUGAAAAUGACUCAGCUAAUACUGAUAAGCACUCAGAUUCUGAUACUACUGUGGAGUCUCAGAAUUCUAGAAGAAACAUGAGUUCACAUAGAAGCAGAACAUUCUCUGGAAAUGAAGAGAAAGAAAUUCUUCGUUGCAUUGUAGAGAACAAGGAGAUUGGUCUCAUUUUGGGAAAUACUCUUUGGAAGAAAAUUGCACAAAAAAAGCUGCAGGAUCGAACAUGGCAGUCACUAAAGAAGCAUUUUCUGAAACACAUGUUGCCCAAUAUUACAAAGUAUACAUUUUUGUCUGUAACGGACAGACUUGAGUUCCAGAAACACGGGAAGGUGCCUGCAGACAGUCAUGAUGUAACAAAUUCAGAAAGUAAACUACAAUCUGGUUCAUCAGUUCCAAGAACAAUCAGCCUGCAUAAACCAGCAGAAAGUGGUGGUACUGAAAGUUCUUCAAGGGCUAUCAGCCAGAAACAUGUGGAGGAACUUAGAUCAAGUAGAUUGCUCAGCCCCUGUGGAUCUUCUGUAAGUACUGGUGCCAGCAGUCUUGAAAGGGGCUGUGGUCAGAGGCUCCCAGAGAAGCGUAAACCAUUCAGAUUCAUCAGAUUCCGUGAAUCUUCUGAAAGUGACAGUGAUAGUUGUCCAGGAAAUACAGACGAUCAGAGACUUCAAGAUAUAUGUCGGGUAAAUAGAUCUACCAGCUCACAGGUAUGUCAUGAGAACGAAGGUGGCAGAUGUCCCGGGAAACAGGAUGACCUGCAGCACCUAGAGAAAAACAAAGAACAUACCAUACAAAGGCGGCAGUUGGUCAUUAACAGUUGUGAUGAGAUGAAUUCAGGUACUGAGGAGCAUCAUAGAGCUCCAGUUGUACAAAGAGCAAAUAGAGAUCGGAGAAAAUCUCAAGAUAGUUCUUCAUCUGAUGACUGGUUUGCAGCAACGACUCAAGAACGACAGAACGUGAAUGUCAAAGCCAUCAGUCAGAAGUCUCAGAAGUUGAGGAAAAGACAUAGGGAAGAAUUUACAAUGGAAGAAGAAUAUGCCAUAGUCACAUACCUCCAGAAGCAUAACAGGUUUAGUAAUACUGGAGGCAACGUUGUAUGGAAGAAUAUGGCAGCAACAGAGCCAAUGGGAAAUCGUCAUACAUGGCAUUCGCUGAGGGAACGGUACCUGAAGAAGAUUGUGCCAAAUAUUAAUAAAUACAAUUUGCCAGAAGAAAUAGUGAGACGUAUUAAGUCAAAAGGAUCACAACCAGUAGCAAAAAAAGUGGGCAAACACAGUCUGUUUGCGUGAUCUACACUUACUGCGUACAGCAUAACGACUUUCAUUUCCCAUGUAAGAGAAUAGGCAGAAUUUGCCAGAGGAACCAAAAUCAUGCAGAGGUCAGGAUAAAAACAGUUAUAUCCAGCUCAUGUGAAAGUGCGUUGUUAAUAAUUGUAAAAUUCCACUUGUGUGUUAUUAUAAAGUUUUCAGAUAUAUGUGGUACAUUAGGAAGAUUUGCUGAUUUUUGUCUCCUUGCAAUUUUAACAUUGUUUUGAGUGCAUUUAUGCUUCUUUAAAUUUAUUUAAGCUGUAUUUAUUUAUUAUUUAAUUUUUUAAAAAUAUGUUAUUUAAAAUUGGUUCUUUUGUAUUUAUGCCUUUGUAAAUUUCCUUUCAA